AUGCCCGCCAAACUACUUUUUGCACCAACCAGGUGCAAGAUCCAAAACUGGGUGUGCUAUUUCACAUCCCCUGCCUCUUGCAAUCCUCAGACUUAUCACUCAAACAUCAUUAAAGAUGGAUCUGUUCGCUGCCUACAAGUGGCUAACUAUCUCUUGACUCUUUACAUGAGAUGUCGUCAUUCACAAAAGGCAAGGAAGCUGUUCGAUGAAAUUCCCGAAAGAGAUGUUAGAACUUGGACGAUUCUCGUCUCAGGCUUCUGUAAAAAUGGGCAGUACUUGAAUGCCUUGGAUUACUUUACUAGAAUGCAGAAUGAAGGGACGAUUGCUCCCAACGCCUUUACUUUGUCUAGCGCGCUAAAGUGUUGUGCUUGUAUUAAUAACGGGCUUUCCAUGGGGAAAGCCAUUCAUGGCUGGAUAAUCAGGAACGGGAUUCAAACAGACGUGGCUCUGGAAAACGCCGUUCUUGAUCUUUAUGCCAAGUUGGGGGCGUCUAAUUAUGUGAAGAGAUUCUUUGACAUGAUGGGUGUUAAAGAUUCCACUUCUUGGAGCAUAGCUAUGGCAGCCAACUUGAAUGAGGGUGACCUGAGAGAAAGUCUCGAUUUCUUCUGGAGUAUGCCAACUAAGAGUGUUUGUAGCUGGAAUACUAUCAUAGAUGGACUUUUGCGAAGGGGAUUUGUGGGAAAUGCUCUCGAGCUUCUACACGAGAUGGUUGAAUUCGGAUGUGCUUUUAAUGGAGUUACGUUCACUAUAUCUUUGUCCUUGGCAUCCUCAGUAAAGAAUUUUGACUUAGGGAGGCAGAUUCACGCGCAGCUUCUUAGGAGUGGGAUAGAUUAUGACGCAUUCAUGAGCACAGCACUUGUUGAUAUGCACUGUAAAUGCGGGAAAAUUGAGAAGGCUUCCGUGAUAUUCCAGAGUUUGCGAUUGAGAUAUUCUCCUGACGAGUCAAGGGAAAAAACCGCUUGUUGGAGCACGAUGAUUGCUGGGUAUGUUCAGCACGGGAUGAUUAAAGACGCAUUGGCAUGUUUCAGGUUAAUGAUGCACGAGCAAGUUGAGACGGGCUCAUUCACACUCACCACCGUUGCUGCUGCUUCUGCUAAUGCUUCUCUUUUGGUGCUCGGCAGACAGAUUCAUGCCCGUACAGUUAAAUUAGGACACGGGCGUGAUGUUUUCUUAUGCUCAUCCUUGAUUGACAUGUACGCAAAAUGUGGGAAUCUAGAUGAGGCCUGGUUGUUUUUCCGAGAGACUCGAACCAGAAAUGUGGUGCUUUGGAGUGCGAUGAUAUCGAGUUAUGGCGUGCACGGGUGGGGAAAGGAAGCAGUUGAGCUAUUUGAACUAAUGCAGGAAGAGGGAAUCAGGCCGAAUGAAGUGAGCUUUAUGGGGAUCUUGACAGCCUGUAGCCAUGCGGGUCUAGUGGAAGAUGGGUGCAGGUAUUUUAAGAUAAUGACAGAUGUCUACGGCAUUCAGCCUGACAUUCGGCAUUUUGCUUGCAUGGUUGAUCUCUUGGGCCGAGCGGGCCACUUGAAGGAGAUCAAGGAUUUCGUGUACGAGAACGAGAUACAUCACAUAAAACAAGUGUGGAAAGCAUAUUUAUCUUCUUGUUGGGUUCACAAGGAUGUUGAGCUGGCAAAUUCGGUCAGUAAGAAACUUUUUGAACUGGAUCCGAAAGGAUCCGCCCUGUAUCUUCUUGCAUCAAACACUUACUCUGCAAACAAUAUCUGGGACGAAGCAGCUAAAGUUAGGGGUUUGAUGGUUGAGCGGGAUGUUAAAAAGAAGCUUCCCGCUCAGUCUUGGAUAUAA